AUAAAAAGUAAUCAACGCAAAGAAAAAUGUCAAAAAUGUAUCGUUUUAUGAUUUUGAAUUUGAUGGCCUUUGCUAUGCUUAAUAGUGUUAAUGGUAAACGUGCUAAACGCCAUAAUUUACCAUUUGGCGAUACUCCUAUACAUACUGAAUAUGUGGACGCAUCUAAUUUGGCUCAAGUGCGCAAAAUGUUUAAUUUAACUGAAGAUCAAAUGAAACGCAUUUCAACGGGUCUAAGUGCCGCGAAACAAAAUGCCGAGAACAAUAACAAUAGCACUCAAUAUUUUCGUAAUGCGAAAGAAUACCGCUUAAAUAACAUAAUUAAUAGCGUAAUGAAUGCUUUUCAUGGUGGAGGUGGCUUAAGCGGUAGUUCUGACGAGAGUCCUGAAUACCCAUUACAUGAAAUGGCCGCUUAUCCCAAAUGUAAUGCAGAAACAUCUGAAUCGUCCUGGCUACAGGAUAACAAUGUGACGAUACAAUUUUCGCAUUCCCUUUUUGAGGCGCGUCGAGCUAAUCUUAACCUGGACUCGGCUAUUUUGCGUUUGUAUAAAAUCAAUCCAAACGCCAGCGAAGAAACUGAAAUAACUGUCACGGAUGUGGUGGAACCACCUAGCAAAUCGAAACGUUGUGCUGAUCCUUUACUUGAUUCGCAAAUACGCAUCACUGUAUCCAUAGUGCAACAACUAAGACGUAAUAAACGCGGGGCAGUAGAACGUAAGAAACGUAUUUGCAAUACGAUAAUGUUAAAUGCUUCUAAAACGGGCUGGAUUGAAAUCGACAUUAAGCGCGCGAUUUAUAUUUGGGAGAACGUCAGCAAACAACAACUUCAAAAUCAUCCACAAUCUAGACUGCCCGUUUUAGUCGGUUGGCUAAUGAUCGAGGUGCAUGAUGAAGAAGAGCAGCCUCUAAAACCGGGUUUAUUCUUUAAGCCACCUAAUUGUAAUCAGGCAGAUCUUGCAAUCCCAUGGGAUUACUACAGACCGGGGACGUCUAUGCCUUCACUUGCAACGGUCGAAGUGCCAAGAUAUCCAAGGAUAGAUGUGAAAUUAAUCGGUUAUGCUUCAUUCGCUCCCAUGCCAAAUGAUAGCAAUAAAGAGAAAGAGAAAAUUUAUGCGAAUUUCAUAAGUAAAUUAUACAAUAUACCGGAGAAAGCCAGUGAAAUAAAUGAAAAUGAAUCGACCACAUAUUUAGCACCGACAGCCGAUAAUCAUCUGCAUGAAGCAACAUAUGGAGAAAUGCAACCACACUAUCAAUACAGACGUCAUUUAAAAUUUUUCGAAGAACCAAUGCAACAACAUCGCCAUCAUCAUCAUUAUAAUUCACAAGUGCAACAACAAGAAUUAAAUGAAGAGAAGCAAAAUCAUCAUUAUCAUCAUCAUCAUCAUCAUCAUCAUCAUCAGCAACAACAACAGCAACAACAUCAUCAUAGAUUAUCAGAGCAAAAUCAUGAUGAGUCAAUUAUAUUGAAACAUGUUGAACAAAAAUUGCAGCAUGAGUAUCAGUUAUACUCAAAACAUCAGCACGAGCAGCAACAGCAUAUGUUGCCUGCCUUAGUCGUAUAAAAUAUGCUUUCGCUUUGCGAAUUCUAGUAAUUUUUUUUAAAUCAACAACAGUAAUAACAUAUCUCACUAAAUUUGUGUAGUCAUUUGGCAUGCGUUGAUUUUUUUUCCUUUUUAUAUUUUUAUUAAUAUAUGGUUUCUAUUUUGUGAAUCCCUCUCUCUCUAUUUCGUUCUUUUAAACGAAUCUGUAUACUACGUUCAUUGUAAGGCUUACAUUAUAUCAUUUUUUAUCGUCGUCAUCACCGCACGUCUGAUUCGCACUAAGUCUCAUUAUGAAAUUUGUGUUUUGUGGAAGUUUUGGAUUUAUCCAAAUUUUUCUGUCUGUCUGUAGUUAUUUCUUCUUUUUUGAAAAUCCUUUUUAUACCCUCGGUCACUGAUGGCACAAGAGCAUACUAAGGGGAUAUACGCAACACGAAACAAAACUGGAGAUAGAACCACCGAAGCGUCUGACCGUCCGUUCGUCCGCCCAUUUUUGUUUUUUGCGUUACAAAUUAAUUUUCGAGAUAUAUUGAUGAAAUUUAGUGCAUCCGUAUGUGUUGGCCCAAGUACGAACGCUAUGAAAAAUGGUUCGCAUUGGGGCACUUUUUUAUUUUAUCAUACUGUAUUUAAAAAAAGAGAGAAAGAUGGUCUGUCUGCCUAUACAUCUUGCUUUUUUGUGUUCCAGUUACAAGUUGUAAUUUUCAAGAUAUUUCGAUUAAAUUUGGUAUAUCUAUUUUGGCCCAAAGACGAGCGACGAGCUUGUAUUAUAUUCUCCUGCUUAUCCCUACCACAUCCCGCUGUUUAAGGCCUCGUAUUUACAGAGGCGCAAAAGCUAUGCUAAAAAUGUUUUAAUCAAUUAUCGCUUUCUGAGCAUUAAUGCUUGAAGUCUAUACUUUGCUUAAUUGCAAAGAAAAGGAAAUAUGUGAACUGAACGAAAUGAAAUAUGAAACGAAAAAAAAUUAUUUCAAGCGUAGACUAUACCUGCUUAAUGUUUUUAUUAUUAAGCUCGCCGUCCAUAGCUUUUGUGGAAUGUUAUGAAGUUAGUCUUCUUUUUUUAAAUCAUAUCUUAUUUCUCCAGUAACAAAUUAAAUCUUUUUGUUUCAUUUGAUAAGUAGGAUACGUAUAUCACUGGGCAGCAUUAGAAUACCUCAACAUAAAACCGUUGAAAAAAUAUCAAGUGAAAAGUGUUCACUAAGGAGAAAAAAUAUCUCAUAUCAACAGAAACUUUAAACAAGUACGAAAAUUAAAUUCGGUCAGGAUCGAAUCUUUUAUACCUACCACCGUUAUCCU